AAAAUUUUGAAGAAUACACUCUACAAAACGAUUAAACUUAAGAUAAUAAAAUAUCCUUCUCUUCUUUAAUUUCAAAAUGAUAUUAAGUUGCUUAAAAAAUGCAACAUCUGUAUAAAUAUUGAUCAUACAAAUAAUUGCUUUUAUUACAUUAUGAAGUAGCGUCGCGUUAGGAAGACUUUCAACAGUGUGUGAAAAGAAAUCGAUUAUAGAGAAUGGCCGCAACACAACUGAAUCGAGCUCGAACCAUCAAGAAAAUCGAAAAACCUCGGCCGCUUAAACUUGCUCAACGCCACGCGACCGUCGAUGGGCGGAUUACGACUGUGGAGGACAUAGUGUCCUUAAUCGACAAUGUUGCUAUGCAACUAACUAAUGGCUUCCAUGAUCGAACGCUGCAAAUAAGUGUGAUUACAAUGUGUAAUCAUUUAAAACUUUGUGCUCCUCAAUUAGAAGCUAUUUAUAAAGAUCAGCUGGACAGAGCUUUUGUGGCGAUCAGAAAUGGAAGUCAAGACGAAAAGUUAGAUUUGACGACUAGGGUUCACCUGCUGGAACUUAUAGAAUUAAGAGCCAAGCAAUGGCGUCACACAGAUUCUAUGGAUGUAUAUUAUACACAGAAAUUAUCGCAUUUAGAUAAUGCAGAAGCAAUUCCUGACACACCUACAAAUGUAUUGUCAUCUCCUAUGGCAACAAUGACUUCCCCUACUGUGGCACCUAUUCUAGGACCCGGAGAAGUUAUAAAAAAUAGCGGCAAAUUUGUUAAACCUACGCGUAUCCCUGGAAAAAACUACUGUAAAGAUGAAGUUGUUAUACGUAACAGUGAUUCUGGUAAAGUGAUGGGAAUAAAAGGGCGGCGGGUUCACAUGAUCGAAGAGCUCAGCCAGACAAUCAUCUCCUUCCAGCGAGUAAACCCUGGAGCCAAAGAACGACUUGUCCAAAUCACGGGUACUUCCGAGGACAAGAUACAUUACGCGAAGGAUUUGAUAAAAGAUACGAUUCAACGAAAUGCAUCGCCGGUGAGAUUGGAGCAAGGUGGAGGAGAAAAAGGAGCCAUGGGUGGUUCUAGCUCCUCACUAAAUAGUAGUGCGUCAGACGAAAGUAAUCGAUUGCAACAUCAGCAACAAAACUCUCGUUUACGAAGUUCGCUCCUCCACAGCUUCUCCACCAACGACGCCAGUAUAGGCGAAUAUAAAUAUACAGUUACAGUUGGUAACCAGUCCUUAAAGAUCACAGGAUGCAAUCUCGAUCUUGUUAGGACUGCAAAACUAGUUUUAGACGAAUAUUUUUUGGGAGAUUCUGAAAAUUUCACAAGUGGUAUAGAAUAUUUCAAUUUCGAAGAAGAGUCUCCAUUUUCGAUCUCGUCUUCCAGUACACAAAAAACAUUGUUAACUCCAAAUAAUACAAACGAAGUAGGCCAAGAAUUAAAUGUGGAUAGUACUGCGACGUCAGAAAGUGAAGAAACUUAUAAACCCUUUAUUAUACCUGAACCAAGUUCAUCAACUCAGGGAGUUCCAGAAAUUAGAGAACUCACAUACGAGUUUUUGUUGCUGUGUUCAACAGGCCCUUAUGCUAAACGACCGCCUGCAGAUUGGGCUCGUAUUCAAAAAGAAUGUCCCAACAUUGUUCGCAAGGAACCGAUUCGCUGGUUCGAACCGGAGACAUAUAAAGCUAAGGUGGCAGCUGCUGGUCUUGUUACAGUAUUGACGAUCGGAGAAGGAGAAACUGAUCCAGAAUGAGAGAGAUUGAAAAAUUAUUUAAUCACCAUGAAAUUGUAUGUAUUAAUUUACAUCGAUUUUUAUCUCGAUGUAUUGUGAUAAAUUUUUAAAAGUAAACUGGUAUAAUGUUCUGACAUGAAGGAAUAGGUAUUAUAUGAGUAACAUAAUAUGUAUUGCCGAACUUAAUUGUAGCAAUACAAAAUGACUAGUAUGAAUAUCGAGGUAUCCGGUAAUAUUUAAAAAUGUUAUGCGUGUUUAAAUCUAAAUUGUUUUCAAAAUAAUUUAAUAUUGUAAAUUUUAAUAAGCAUUUAUGCUUUCUUAUAUUACACUUAUAUGCAGCAAAUUUGUGGAAUUCAUUUAAAAAAAAUGUUGUCUAUUUCUAAUUAAUCGAACGUAUCUUGCAGCAAUAUUUUUAGUUUAUUUUACAAUGAUACAUCCAUGUACUGUUUUAUAUUUCAUAGUAGAUGGAAGAAAUUUCAAUAUCUUUAUUAUCAUUACUACUACUGCUGCUGCUAUUACUCCUAUUACUAUUACUAUCACUACUACCGCUACUACUAUUAGUAUUGAAAUACUUCAUAUAAACAUUUAUGAAAGACAAUAAACGAUUUUUAUAUUUUUAGUAUGACAUAUAGAUCAAAUUACGGUACUCAUAAAACAUAGCUUAUGCAAUUCAUAAUUAUUGAAUAUUGUCAAGUUAAAAAAUAGCAUUUCCAUUAAUAGUUUUGAAUUUAAAUUAACGAAGGAAAAUUGUUAAUUGAAAAAAAGAGUAUAAUAUUACUAACAAAUGAUUGUUGAUUGGAACUGUAAAUAAAAUUAAAUUUAACAUUUUAGAAUGCAAUUUAUGUAAGCAUUCAAAAAAUGCUUCAAUUUUUGAUGCAUAAUAUAUAUUUUGUUACAUAUAACAACUGUAACAAAAUAGUGAUUUAACAUAGUCUAGUCUACCUUUUUAAAGUAGGAACUACUAUUUUGGUAAUUACUCUGCUGUGACAUAAUAGCCAAAAAAAAGAAAAAAAAAUGAUUUCAUUUAAUCUUAAAUCAAGAUUUUAUAUUUUAUAUACUAAAACCAUGAUACUGUGUAAUAUAUAUUAUCAAUUAUAUGGAGAGAUAAAAACAAGUUUUUUGCUUCUAUAUCGAUUUCCGUAUAAUUAAUAAUAAGAAUUAAUAUUCAAUGCUGCAUAACAAAUUUUGUAUUAUACUUAAUUCAAGUUUAUUUUUUAUUAGAUAUAAAAUUGUAUUUCAAUAAGUUAUUUUUUUUUGUUAUGGUAUUACUUCUCUCCUUUCAGUUAAAGAUUAUAUUAUGUAUUGUAAAUGUUUCAUUAGCCAGAAUAUAAAUUACAAAUAUAUUGUUAAGUUUCUUUGAUUAUUUUUGAAAUUACGCAUUACGUAUCUUUUGACAUAUGAAUUAUUUGAACAUGUAAAAUAUGUUAUUUCUGUAUUUUAUUUUCUGGCUUGAAAUAUUAGUCGAAUAUUUAAUAUUUAUUUGAUCUGGGACUAAAUUAUGUUGCACGCACACGGAACGUUAUGUUUGUAUGUUUUUACAUCUUUUAAUAUUUAUUACAAAUUUACACAAUUAUUUGAUUUAAAUUAUUAAUAAUUUAUUACUAUAAACACUAACUGCAGUAAUAUAAUAGUAUAUUAUUGUACCUUGCUCUUUAAUAAUAAACCAAUAAAAGUAAA